AUGAUCGACUUUAGAGCGCCUGGCUUCCUUCUGGGGCUGGUGCUCCUUGUUUGCUUGGUCCAGCCAGCAGCUGCUUUCGGAGCUGGCAACAUCGCGUCUGUUUCCAAGGUGGAGGGCCAAAACUGGCGACACGGUGACAUCGAAGAUGCGUUAUUAACCCUGGCUAUGGCCCAUGCCAUCAAGGGCGGCAAGAAGUUCAACAAGCGGACCGUUUCACGAGUUUACUUUGGCAACUGGCUGCGCGACUACUCCCAGGCCAUCGACGUGGGCACCGUCAAGAUGGUCUCUGCUGAAGCUAUUCGACUUCUCCUCUGCGUUCUUGGCUUCAUGUCCUUCGGUUAUGGUUCUGGCGAGUUUGAGGUUACGGCCGAGCGUCUCGGAUGCUACCGCCCCGAAGAUCACAUUGACAACCCCAAGGGCUAUGGAGAAGGCGUCGACGCCCGAGACUAUGACCCCCGUCUGAGAGGUCCCAUCGAUGAGGAGGUCGAGCUUGCCGUCGACCCGGAAACUGGAAUGAAAAACUACAUUGCCAAUGAGCGAGUUGGUAUCAUGACAUCUGCUAGGCAUGUGCGAAAUCUCUUUGGUCGAUGCAUCGAGCUAGGUCGCCAGUACAAGCGCUCGGGAAACAAGCCAGAGCUCUACGAAGCCCUCCGGUUGAUGGGAACUGGUCUGCACUGUUUGGAAGACUUCUUCGCCCACAGCAACUACAUUGAGCUUGCACUCAUUGAAAUGGGAGAGCGUGGAAUCUUCCCCCACGUUGGCCGCAAUACUCAGAUUGAGCUGCAAGGUGCUCGUGGCGGCGUCUAUCCUAUUGUGACGGGCACAUUUGGAGGCGUCGACUUCCUCCACUCCGUCACCGGAGAAGUGUCGGAUAAGCUGACUCAAAAUGAGAUUGACGAGCUCGAGGGAGCACUCAAUGAAGGCAAGACCGGCGACACAAGCUUGCUUCAAUCCCUUCUCAGCAACCUUCCCCCUGGUAUCAUUGGAGGCAACCAAGGAGAUAAGAUCAACGAGCUUCAAUCCAACGCAUCUGCUGCUCAGGAGGAAACCGUCCCAGUUUCUCCCAAGGAUCCUGAAGAAUUCACCGUCUACAUCAAGAAUAUCUAUCGACAGAUUAUGCCCGUCAUUGAAUUCCACGAUAGCAUUAUGAAGAGCAUCAGCGGUGCGAUUGAGAACAUCCCUAUUCUUCCCAAGAUUAUUGAACAGCUAGAGGAGCAGCUUUCCAUUUUUGUCUUUUCCAUCAUGGCACCUUUCAUUGUUCCCUUGAUCCACCAGAUCAAGAACGAGCUUCAAACCGGAUCCUCAGAAAUCAUCGAGAGCAGCAAGAAGGAGCAGCACAUCGUUUUUGAUGACGACUACUCUUCUGAUCCUACCCAUUCCAUGCUCUCCAAGGAUCAUUUCUCCAACAUUCUCAACGAGAUUGCCGGUCGAACUGCCGCCAGGAUGCUCCACUGGGUUGUGCCACAGCUCAUGGAAGCCAUUGAUGAUGAUUCAGUUGAUAUUGAUCGCUUGCUGGAGCGCAUUGUAAACGGUGUCAUGCACCACCCCGCCCAGCGUGAUAUGGGCUAUGAUGGUGUUGCCGAGGCUCGACAGUUGAUCUUUAACUCUGUCCAAGAAUGGUGGCGUGACAUGGGUGAGGACCAACAGGAGGACUAUCGCCGCAAGCUCUCUCCCCAGGGAGUUCUCAACGGCGAAAACCACAAGGAGGGCGUCCACGAUACUGGCCACGGCUGCUCGGGUAAGUUGAAGAUGCGCAAGGAGUUUGGCGAGCCUCAGGGCGUCGAGGACCAGAUUGCUGGUGCGGCCGCAACCGCCAUCUUCUCCGGCGCUACCGGUGCCCUAUCUGGGUUUGUUUCCCAGAAUACCGGCGUCGAUAUUCCUUUCACCCAGUCACAGCAGUCAGGCGGAGACGAUGGCGGCAUCGGUGGCCUCAUCAGUGGCAUGGCUGGCAGCCUCCUGGGAGGAGCCUUUGAGCAAGGCUCGACCAAGAGAGAAACUAGUUACGAGACUGGAGAAGAUGGCUCCUACACGCAACACCAACGGGAGUAUGGCCAAGAGGGAAAUCGCGGAGGCUAUGGGGGCUCUAGCUAUGAGGAGAGGCGAGAGACUCACGAGAGCUCCUAUCAAUCUUAUGAACAGCGCACCGAGCGACAUGAAUACCGUUCGACCGAGGACAGCUAUGGAGGUGGCUACGAGCAGCGAAGAAGUGACAGCCGGGGGUCUGAUGAUAACCGGAGAGGACACAGCCGCCGAGACGAUGACGACGACAACAGUUAUGAGCGCCGUGAAACAAGCAACUACGAAUCUAGCUACGAACGCCGUGAAGAGGACAGCUACGGCAACAGUGGUUACGGGCGCCGCGAAGAGGACAGCUAUGGCAGCGGCGGUUACGGACGCCGGGACGAGGAUAGCUAUGGCGGCAACAACUACGGCCGGCAAGACGAAAGCUACGGCGGCGAAUAUGGAUCUCGUGAGGAGAGCGGCCACGGCAGGCGACACCACCACCGUGAUGAUGAUGACGAGGCCGACGAUUCUGAGUACAGAUCCCGCGACCACGGCGGCAACAGCGGCGGCUACAGGUUUUAG